AGUACAUGGAAUAACAUUAGAGAGCAUCUAAUGUCAUUUUCAAUAUCGCAUCAACCGAACUUCAGUGGAAGCAGAGAGUUCUAGUUGUACAAAGAACCCACAUUCUCCUCUCCAUCAUCCAUUCCAAGCUUCAAUCUUCCAUGGAUGCACCUCCUCCUGAAGAACACAACACACCACCCCUAAAAUAUAAGACAUGGUUUCUUAAAGUCUCCAUCCACUGUGUUGGCUGUAAGCGAAAGGUCAAGAGAGUCCUUCAAAGCAUUGAAGGUGUUUAUACUAUUGAUAUUGAUUCAAAGCAACAGAAAGUUACAGUUGUAGGCAACGUUGAGGUGGAUACCCUUAUCAAGAAGCUUGUCAAGACUGGAAAGCAUGCAGAGAAGUGGCCGGAAAACCCCAACAAAAAGGAGAAGACGGCUGCCGGCGGCGAGAGCAAGAAUGAGAAAGAGAAAGGGUCUGAAAGCAGUGGAAACAGUAGCGAUGAAGAAGAGCAUAAUCCUCCACCUGAGAAUGGGAAUCCCCCAAGCAAAAACGGAGGUAUGUCGGUGAGGUUCGCUGAUGUACCGGAGAACAUCUCGGCGCAGGCGAGUCAGGAAACGGGAGGUGGUGGUCAGGUUGGUGGCGGUGGCGGAGGAGGAGGAGGGGGGCAAGGUGGUAAAAAGAAGAAGAAGAAAAAGAAGAAAAAGAGUUCGAGUGCAAAGCCUUCCGGUGGACCACCGGACACUGGAUUGGUAGCUCCAGAGAUGGGUAAGAAUCAAGUGAUUGACCAACUGCAUCUCAGCCCUCCACGUGGCUACUCGUAUCCGAUGCCUGCUGGUCCAGCUUACGCUGUAAGUUACAGUGAGACGCACCCCAGUGGAAAUGGUGGUCCUGCGUACUAUAUUCCUCCGACACCCUACACGUAUGACUACACAGAGGAUAGUGAUGAUUUUGUUACAUUACCUCGUCCGUCCGAUACUUUUGAGUUACUUAGUGAUGAAAAUCCCUAUGGAUGUUGUAUCAUGUAA